UUGACCUAGCGCACGACGUCACGGCGGUGCGGUAUCCAACCCGAUCGUCUGUUUUUGAAGAAAGAAAGAGAGAGGAGAAGAAAGAAAAACCUCAGAAACGAGAAAGAAAACAAAUUUCAAGCUUCAAACUGUUUUGAUUUGUUCUCUGUAGCUGAGCAGCAUAAUAGGAGUCAAGGAAGAAGGAGAGAGCAUGGCGGAUAAGAGUCGUUCCCUCCCGGUGGAUCCUACUUUGCCUCGAUGGAUCUGCCAGAACUGCCGCCACCCCCUCUCCAUCGUUGGCGUUGAUCCUUACGCCGACAAGUUCUUGAACGAUUACUCUUCUCGCUCCGGAAUGCAAGGGUCUUCAAUUCAUGGGGCCAACAGUGUGUUAGGUUCAACUCGCAUGGACAACUCUUUUGUUGUGCUACCAAAGCAGAAACCCCAGUCACAAGGGAUUCCUCCUCGUCCUCGCAGUGGAGUUGGGCCACCUGAUAUGAGUCAGCCGGGGAAGACAAUGGAAGAGUCCUUUGUGGUUGUGUAUAAGUCUGAAUCUGCAUCUGAUGGAAGUGGGACUCAUUUGCCAUCAACUGAAGCAGGAUCCAAUGGUCCUUUGCCGCCUCACAACUCUGGGUUUCACUCAACUAUAACUGUGUUAAAACGUGCAUUUGAGAUCGCCACAACCCAGACUCAGGUUGAGCAGCCGCUAUGCCUAGAAUGCAUGAGGGUGUUGUCUGACAAACUUGACAAGGAGGUUGAAGAUGUAAAUAGGGAUAUUGAAGCAUAUGAAGCCUGUCUUAAGCGCUUGGAGGGAGACACGCGAGUUGUUCUUAGCGAGGCUGAUUUUCUGAAGGAGAAACUAAAGAUUGAGGAAGAAGAGAGAAAACUUGAAGCUGCAAUUGAAGAAACAGAGAGACAGAAGGCUGAAGUAAAUGCUGAACUGAAGGAGCUGGAGUUGAAAUCUAGCCGCUUUAAAGAAUUGGAGGAGCGGUAUUGGCACGAGUUUAAUAAUUUUCAGUUUCAAUUAAUUUCACACCAGGAAGAGAGAGAUGCAAUUCUGGCACGAAUUGAAGUUUCCCAAGCACAUUUGGAGUUGUUGAAGCGAACUAAUGUGCUCAAUGAUGCCUUCCCCAUCUGUCAGGAAGGAGAAUUUGGUACAAUUAACAAUUUUCGACUUGGAAGGCUUCCUAAAGUGCCGGUUGAGUGGGAUGAGAUAAAUGCUGCUUGGGGCCAAGCUUGCCUUCUCCUCCACACAAUGUGUCAAUAUUUCCGGCCAAAGUUUCAAUAUCGAAUAAAAAUUAUUCCUAUGGGCAGCUACCCUCGAAUUAUGGACAGCAACAACAAUACUUAUGAGCUGUUUGGCCCUGUGAACUUGUUUUGGAGCACUCGUUAUGACAAAGCAAUGACACUGUUCGCGACAUGCCUCAAGGACUUUGCCGAGUUUGCACAUUUGAAGGAUCUAGAAAACAACAUACCUCCUGACAAACACUUCAAAUUGCCCUAUAAGUUGAUAAUGUCUUAAGGAACAUAAGCGUGACAAACCAGGGCAACUUUCCAUCGAAACAGCUCGAGAGGACUAUUUUAUUAGAGUGUCAGGUGAAGAUUUCUAACUUUUUGACUCUUAUCGGUGGUGCCAACCCAGAUGAUAGAGGGACAUACACGAUCUCUAUCUGAGGAGCUUCGGUUAUAUUUUUAGAUUAGUAUUCCUAAAUUGCGCAUUGCAUAUCCGAACGUGGUGUUUAGAGAGUCUUUAGCUUCGGGUGAUGGGGGAGACUGUUGAGGAUGAGGGAUCAACUAUACAGAUGAGCUCGAUUUCCUCGCUGAUAAUGAGGUGAGGGAGUUGGUUGCUGAUCCAGAUGCUUCUUUGUAUGAUGGGAUGAAGAGCAUCAAGCAGGUAGAUCUAUCUGCUUUCUUCAAGAUCAUGAAUUUGAUCAUCACCAACAAUAUUGAUCAUUGACAGCACAAGACAGAGGUUGGCAUGGAUUAAGUGAAGUUUAUGAUACGCGUUGCUUGUGACAAUCCUAUUGACCUAGUGGGUUAUAUAUUUGAUCGGAUUCAAUCAGAGGCCUAGUACAUUACGACGGAUAUAUUGCCAUUCGGGAGCCUAACCACCCAAUUUCUACAUGUUGGGGUCCUACCAAAUAUUGUCAAGCGUGUCUAGGAGCCGAUGAGACCGAUCAAUAACUCUACCCUGUCACGAAGCAUGGGACACUUGAGACUUUGUCUUCGUGGUCUUAUUCCAAUCCCAGUCGAUACUCAAAGAGAUGGACACCUAAGAGAUCAUGGAGUAUUGGCUGGUGAGAUAUCCACGCAAGCCGAGGCAUUAUGCAUAGCUACUUGUGAGGAGAUUAUUGAUAUAGUGCGUGCAAAGAUCAGUGGACAGACAUUAGCAGUGAUCAAUGUAGUGCGUACGGAGAUCUAUACUGCCAUGUCUAACUUACAUACAAAGAUUAAUGCUAGCAUAUCUGACUUACUUACAUAGAUUAAUAGGUGUUCGAAUAUUGAUUAUCUUUGGCAUUCAAACAUACUGUAUGUUGUUCGAACAAUAAGUUAAUGUUCCGCUAAAUUCCCGUUCGAUCAUAUAUAAUAUCUGUUCAAACAUUGAUUAACCUUGAUAUUCGAAUGUUGUUGUAUGUUGUUUGAAUGGUAAAUCAAUGUCCCGCUAAAUUUUGUCA